AUGGCCCUUCUCCGAGUAACGAUCGUCUUGAAAGAGCUCGGUCUUUCCUACGAAGAGGUCUUGAUCGACCUCAAUGGACCACGACCAGACUGGUAUCUCCGUAUCAAUCCUCGUGGUCUGGUUCCAAGUCUUCACGUCAAAGGCGAUGGUGUUGAUGAGUUUCUGGUCGAGUCUGGGCCGAUCGUCGACUUCUUGAUCGAGCUCUACCCGUCUCGUCUUACCCCCCAAGACGGCACACCUCUCGAAAAAGCAGUCGCGCGAUGGCGUCAACGCUUCUUCGUCGACACCUUCUUCAGCAAAGUCGUGCCACUCCUGUUCAAGAUCGGUGGUAUAGGCGACCGCGACGCGCAGCUCAAAAUCGUGGACGAAGUUGUUGGGCAUACGACCAAGGAGCUCGAGCCUUCGCUGAAAGAUGUGGCGCCUCAUUUCGGUGGGAGCAAGACACUUACUGUUGUGGAGGCGAUGUGUAUGCCGUUCCUCAUUCUGGCAGAGGACAUGUGCGACGAUGUUAUUUGGCCUGUCGCAUUACUGGAGCAGCUGAGCGGACUGCCAAACUUCGGCAAGUGGAUGGAGGCUGGGUGUCGGCACAGCAGUGUGUUGUACAAGGUUGAGAGGGAGCCUCGCAAGGCGUUUGUUCGAGAGAAGUUGUCUGAGGUCCGGAAGAAAUACGCUGAGAAGGUCGAGACGGGGAGGAAAUAG